AUGGAUUCAAGGCAAGGAGACGACGAUACAUUCAAAACAUUCCCAGAUGAUUUGCAGAAACGAGUGGCUAGUAAGCUUCCCGAUCAUAGUGUCGAGUCAAUAGUAUAUCCGAAGUAUGAAACGAAGGGUGAAUUAGGACAAUGCUGUACUUCUUUUUUAUCAUGGUUAAAAGAGAAAGUGAUGGAUGUGCGAAAGGCGCACACUGAGAAACCGUGGCCACCUCAUGACAGAGAUGUGGGUGUUAUACUAGUUGCGCAUUCAAUGGGAGGUUUCGUCGCGUCAGACACUCUUUUUCUUAUUCUCAAUGAACGGAUUGCUCAUGGUCAAGAAGCGUUGCCAAUCUUCCCUUUAAUUCAAGGAAUCCUAACAUUUGAUACCCCUUUUAAUGGCCUUGCGCGAUCUAUGUUCGUUUAUGGGGCUUUCUCGAACUAUCAAAAAGUGAGCACGGUUUUCAAUGUCAUGACGGCGCUAUCUGCGGCACCAUCAGCUCUAGGGAAGUCAGCCUUCAAACGGUCAGCAGCAAAUCUGCCUCCAGCAAGAACAUCUCGGUCUGCUUGGAAAGGCUGGCAGCUUGUUGCGGUACGUACUGGUACUGUCGGUGCGAUAGCUGCUGGGGGUGUUGCAGCUUAUAUGCAUCGCAAGCAGAUCAUGGAUGGUAUGCGCAGUAUGCGUAAUAUCAAUAAGGAAUCAGUGAAGGAAGGAUACCAGCAGAGCAUGGAUACACUUAGCCAAGGGCUAGCGUAUAUCAACCGCGGAAACGUUGGGCGAUCCUUCGAAUAUCUUUCUGAUCAUUUUACCUUCGUUGGUACACUUAUGAAGCAACAGGAGCUGAGCCGAAGAUUGGAACGUAUGGCAGCACUCGACGGUAUUGGCAUUCAUGACUUUUACACCUCUUUAGGGGAAAAUGGUAUGUGGAGUGGCGGUUACUUCAUACCCGAACGAACAUUCUGCGCCGUACCAGCGAAAGAUCAUCUAGCAUACCACCUCUUCUCACGUCAAGUCAUCAAGAAGACAGAGGACGAAGUUCAAGCGCAUAUGAGCAUGUUCAUUAGGGACAAGAACGAAGAAUACGAGCAGAUGACGGAAGAAGCCGGCAAUUUGGUAGUUCGCUGGUUUAAUGACGAUUCUGAUAUCGUGGAUGACCCCAAGUUUGCCUCACCUCCACCACCAGAGCCCGUCGAGCAGCCUGUAGCCACAACAGAAGAUGGCAAAGAAGUUCCAAAGACCGACGGUGUCAUGGGAGACGCCGACGAAGAUGAGGAAGUAGAAGGCGAGCAAGAUGAUAGCGAUCUUCCCGAUGCAUCGCCAUUGGAUAUCACUGCAGCUGCUUCCGUCGUCCCAUUACCAGAUGACGAGGAAGAAGAUUCACAGGAGAGCGAAGCGAAAGAAGCACGAAAGAGCACAUACAUGCGAUACCUCAUGCAAGUAGCACAGCAAGCAGGAUCUGGAGUUAAGUCCUAUGUACCAACUAGGAUGCCCGAGAUGCCUCAAAUCCCGUCGGGAUCCAGCUUCAAGUCCUAUCUCCCUACACAAAUCCCACAGAUGCCGAAUAUCCCGAAGCCAUCCGUCAAUAUGUUCAGCAGAAAAUCAGCAAAGUCUACCACGGACUCAGAUAAAUCUGAAGAGAAGCUGGAAUCCGAGGCUACCGUAGAACCUGCUCCAGAGAGAAAGAGGGCGGAUAGUGGAGUUCACUUAUCUUCAGAACCUGCUGGUUCAACGGAACUUCACGAGGACCCUAACACAAAGGUAGAAGACACCAUUACUGCUACCAAGUAAGGGUGUAAGCGUUGGAGGCUAAUAAUUGAGCUUGUGAUUAAUUAGAGACAUGAACGUAAUGAUAGGCAAUAUCCGGUGUUAGUGGAAUAGGGUUUCUCGGCAACAAAGGGGCACUGUAGAAGAUUCAAGAAGUAAUGAGUCGAAUAGACAACCUUCCCUCACUACCUAAUCUCUUCAUACAAUCUUGCUUUCAUUCCGGUUCCGGAUCAGUUUAAGGUGCAUUGUCGCAUGACUUGAUAGGAUGUGUUCAUAGAAAUGUUCCAAGUGGCGUAAAUAAGCCUGAACAUAUUGUUCUUCGGCGUAGUAGGAUCAUUGAUGUUUUCUGUCGUUUGCAUGACCUCAUCUCUUUCGCUGUUAUAAGCGUAGGGACGCGUCAUAAAGUGUCAAUUGUGAAUCCUAUUAUCAAUACCGGGCAGGUAUCUAAACAGUUUAAAGGUACGGGACUAGAACAGACCUCACUGGCAAUAAAUGUCUAUAAA